GAUAUCGAACGUGGUCCGAAUUUCCAUACGGAGGAGGGGGGACGGUAGGGGGUACAAGUAUGCGAUACGGAUACUGUACAUGCAAGCGUAGCGUGGCUGGACAUAUGUUGCGGGACGGGUAGAACUACAAAUGGCUUUUGCGAGAGAAUCGGAGAGUCGAGGGAACGCGUACAUAGAGAGAGAGAGAGAGAGAGGGGGGAGAGGGGAGAGAGGGGAGAGAGGGAGAGAGAGCAUCGAAGUGGGGGGUAGUGGAUUAUAGAGAGAGAUGCCUCUCGAAGGAAGACAAAAAGACAAAAAGACAGAAAGAUAGAAAGACAGAAAGAAAGAAAGAAACCAUGAUCGAACACGUAAAUGGGAACGUGGACGGAGACGUGGACGGAGACGUGAACGGACGAAGACGUGACCAAAACCAAGAACGGGGACACCACGACCGGAAGGAUCCGACCACACAAGCGCAUAGCCCCAAACGAGUCCCAACACCCCCAUCCGCACGAACAUCACUCACGGCGGGGCGACUGCGCGGAGGCAAACGACCCAACAGCGCGCCAGGCACAAACGGCACCGACCGCACAGCACGGCAGCAGCAGCAGCACAGCACAGCCCCCCGAUAGAGUCACCCAGCGCAGCCGAGCGCGCGCCCCGAGCCGACUCUACCGACCAAGCAGGUCAACACUACCCAAGGAGGAGGGGAGGAGGCGAUAAGCGUAGCGAGCGAGCGAAUGAAUGAGUGAUGCUGUCCUUAACCCCGCGCGAUUGCCAACCCCCCGCGCACGCCGGCCUCCUCCGCACGCGGCUUAAGUACCCCUCCUCCACGCCCGCCCGCGCUCGCGCUCACGCCCACGCCCCGCCCACGCGCCACUGCUUCUCGGCCCCGCGCACCGCCCACUCUACGAUCCCGCUC